AGUUAACAAAAAUAAAUAUGCAAGGUUGAAACUGUUAAAAUCAAUUAGUUAUGCUAUUAAAUUACUUAUUGUCCUUCAACAUUUACUUUUAUUUAUAUGUUGCAAUUUAUGGAUUUUUGACGUUACAUAUGAGCUUCCAACUUUGUAUAUAGCCAUAGGGCCUUCACUCUCUCUACCACCAAUUUUGGUAUACAUAAUUAAAUUAGUGGGAACUUUUGAUAUAUUUUUCUUGAAUAAUCUUCGAUGAGUAGUGAUUCGAGACGCAUACGCAUGAUGUUACGUUCCAAGUCAAGGAUUUGCAGAGUAGGGUCCAAUAAUGAUUCUGGAAAGAGGAAAAAUUCAUCAAUCAUUUCAAAAACAAUUUCUGCAUCCAAACUUUGUAGAUGUGAUGCUUUGGGAUCACAAAUUGAUACCAAUGCACUUGUUUCUCUUGAUAGGAAGCCCUCUUUUAACCAUUCAUCUAAGAAUCGAAACGAUACACGUGUUGUUAUGCAAGAACAAAUAGAAAAACUUGAAGAGGAUUUGAGAGAGACAAGAGAGAAAUUAUGUUUUGUUGAAGGAGAAAAGAAGGAAGCUAUAAAUGAACUAAGUGAGAUAAGACAAGUAGCUCACAAGGAGAUUGAUGGAAUAACAUCAAGUGAACUCUAUGAAGAAGUUAGGAUUUUGAAGGAAUUGCUUACUAACAAACAAGAAGAGUUAAAGAUAAAAGAUAAGAAUAUCAAGUGUUUGAAGUUGGAGGUCGAAAAGGCGAUAAAAUGUGAUCUCACGAUACCAGAAAAAGAUGUAUUUAGUCCUGUAAAAGCAUUCAAGAUUCGUGUAACGGAUUGGUUAUCUGAUUUUAAGAGAAGGGUUCAAGAAUUAGAAGAUGAAUUGGAGAAGAAGAAGUUAUCAGAGUCGAAAAUAUUUGAUGCUUGGUUAGCUAAGACAAGACAGUUUGAAGAAAUCAAGAUUGAACUCGAAGAAUCCAUGCUUGAAAUAGCCUCUCUUCAUGAAAAGAUUGAGUCUUUCGACACUUCUCACACUAAAAUUUCAACCGAAAAGGAGAUAAGAAACGAGAACGAGGAGAUUGCAUCAUCAAAGGUCAAGGCUUUGAAUGAUGAGAUGAGUUUGCUAAAAAGAGAAAUGAAAUUGGCAAAUGAGGCAGAGGAAAAGAGCAGAGAGGCUUUAGAUGAUUUGGCGUUGGCGUUGAAGGAAGUUUCAUACGAAGCAUCUGAGGCGAAAGAUAAGCUUUGUGCUACACAACAAGAAUUAGGACUAGUGAAAAAGGAAGUUAGAAAUCUGAAAGAGAUUGUCAAAAGCACAAAGGCUAGAUAUAAAAUGUUUUUGGAUGAAGCGAAAAGGGAAACAGAAUUGUAUAGGAACACAGCAGAGAGAUUGAAAUUAGAGGCGGAUGAGUCACUUUCGUCUUGGAAUGGGAAAGAAAUGAGCUUUAUUGAAUGUAUAAAAGAAGUUCAAGAAGAACGAGAUCUUGCUCUACACGAAGCUACUAAGCUCAACGAGUCUCUCAAAGAAGCCGAGCAAAGAAGUAAAGCAGCAAAGGAAGAAAACUACAAAUUGAGAGACAUCCUAAAACAGGCUAUCAAUGAGGCAAAUGCUGCAAAAGCUGCUUCUGACUUAGCUAGACGCGAAAAUUCUCAAAUAAAACAGGAUGCAUUGUGAAUGAUGAACUUGCAUCACGACAGACAAUCUCAACGAGUACAAACAGCUGUAUUUUUUUCAGCAUCAACAGAACACAAACCUGCAGAAUGGGGGGCAAAAGAAAAUGAAGUGACGAAAGGCGAGGACCACAUAAGCCAAGAAAUGCAGCUUCAAUCACCGUGAGGUAAAGCUUCCAAACGAUAACGAUCCUGAGAAGGUGUCAAAGGCUAUCUAUUGUAAACAUAUUUGCAAUUCAUAUAGUAAUAGGAGUUUUUA